AUGGCUGAUGACAAUCGAGCCGACGAUGUUGGCAGAAAGGGCUCUGUCCGUAGAGCUAGAGAGAAGGCCCGGCAGCAAAUGGAAGAGGAGCAUGAGAUGGUAGGAAGGAGUCUCUCGGGCAACGGCAGACGGCCUCCUCCUGUUGCUACGGGUAGCCAGCAGAGCCAUGGAGCCAAACGGUCUGUCGUCCAGGAUCCUGCAGCCAUGACCCGGCCGCGCAGGAACACCAAUCCCUAUGCUAAGGAGAUGGCAGAGGCGCAGGCGCAGGCACAAGCGGCUUUGCAGCGGGCUGCGCGCCAGCCCAGUGCCGUUGAUACCUUUCUUAACGACUCCCGAGGCAGACGGUAUCCUCCAUCGAAUCCUUACCACGGUACUACUUCUGGUACUUCCUCACCCCAGCAGCCAUCUUAUUCUCACGGCUCAGACUACAACACCACAGCUCUUCCAGUUCCAUCUAACGACCACUCUCAUCAUGGCCAGCUCCUUGCUCAUCCAGCUCCUGCUCGACGGUCCAACACCAACCCAUCUCAAGGAAGCCGCCGUGACCCGCAAGCAAAUUUCUACCCAAUGGGAUCGUCUGUUUCCCCAAUUCCAGAAGAAUUUCCAUCUCCUGUCCAGAGGAAUGUCAAAUCCUUCGCGUCGAGCAAAGUGAUUCCAUCCAGUUGGGGCUCAGCUCCGUUUGAAACUGUCGAUCUUAAGUACGAGGAAAUGCCUGAAACAGGCCAUGGUACUGACGGCGGGUCCUCAGCUUACAACGAAGACGAGAUGGCGCAGGCUCUCAAGGCUAAGUCGGCUCUUCGCACGAGAAUGAAAGGCAACCUUGAGCCGCCAGCCGGUUCUCGACCUACCUCCAGCCUUGCGAGACAGAUCAGCCUGGGAAAGACAGGCACAGGCGAGCUGCGGACGAUUAACAUUACCAGAAACGAUCCACCUUCGAUGCACAACCGUACCAUGAGUGAAAGAUCUAUUGGUGUUCCAUCGGAGGCUGGCAGCGUCACCUCAAGUGGCACAAUUGGCAUAGCCAUCAACCCGUCUCUGCGUGCAAACAUUCCCGACCACCACAUACCGCCAUCGUUCCACAACCCUAGCGGCCAGCUACGGCCAAGCCGGCUGCGCGCAAACUCUCACUCUUCUGUCGAGUCGAUUGAUGAUCAAGAGGAACCUGAAGGCGACGAAGUGCCCAUAAUACACAAACAGUCUACUAAUGACUCCGAGUUCAGAGACGUUGAGCUCGGCGGCUCACGCUCACUUGGACGCAGAGUUUCGCAGUUUAGCGACCUAGCACCUCCUGGCCUGAACCUUGAAGCGAAAGAGAAAGAGGUCCGAAGCAGUCUGACCAGCUUGCCAGAUCUAAUCCGCCGGGCGACUAAGUUGGCAUCAAACCUCGACCGCGGCAAGACAGCCAGCAAAGCUCCAGCGGGUGUCUUUGAAAUGAAGAGUGCAAAUCCUGAAAGCAAGAAUAAAGACCGUGUAUACUCUGGUUCGAUCGCUGAUAUGCUCGAUUCGUUCCCUCCACCAGGCGUCCAGACUCCCGGCCCCAACUCUGGUCAUCCUGGCGAUGACUCCAAGGGCAAGAGUAACGAGGUUGACGUUCCUCAGACCAGACGCCGGUUCUGCGGUUUGCCUGCACCAGCUCUCAUUGUCUUCUGCAUCGGACUCGUUCUCUUGUUUGCUGGUAUAAUCACCAUUCCACUUGCGGUUGCUGGCAAACCACGCAACCAUUCGCCUACCCCCGAAACCAGCUGCGAGCUCCAGGCCCCUUGCAAGAAUGGAGGUAUGAGCAUCGGCACUCCAGGCACCUGCAGCUGUGUCUGCCCUGAGGGCUACAGAGGCAGUACUUGCGGCGUUCUUACCGACCGAGACUGUGUUAUCGCCGACCUGAAAGAUAACCGCAAGCUUCGUCACGAUGCCAUCGUUGGCAGCGCAAUUCCAAGACUCCUCCAGAACUCCCUCGAGAGCUUCGAAAUACCGCUUGACGUUGCAAAAAUAAUCCACCUCUUUGAAACUGAGAAUGUUGCUUGCACCACGGAAAAUGCCCUGGUUACCUUCAACGGUCGAAACCAAAAGAGAGGACUCCCUAUGCCCAAGGAUCCCGCCAAGGAUGCCAUGACGCUUGAAUAUGUACUCCCAGCUCGCCGCCGUGCUGUAAAGGCUAAUGUUGCUGGCCGGGCUCCGCAGGGCCUUAUUCCAACCACUACUGCCACGAUUCAUACAACACCCACUCGCAGGCCUACCAGGACACCAUCGCCUACGACUACCGGCACAUCUUCUCCCACUGGUACUGCGACAACUACACGCAGCUCAUCUAGAUCUACUUCGCCUCCUACUUCUACUCGUACUUCAACCUCAACAACCUCUACUCCCACCUCUCCGCCAACAACCGUCAACCCAUCCCAGAACAUGCUGGACUUCGCUCGGAUAGCAAUCCUUUACAUCUUCGAGAAGACUGAGCUAUUCAGCGCUGCCGAUGCAGCUCACAACGCUAUCCAAGAUGCACUCCGACGUCCCGUUGGGUCAGAAAACGGUAUUCUCGCUUUCAAGCCGGUUCAGCUCGAAUACGGCACCGACACGUUCAUUUUGAGUUUUGAUACCCUCUCCAUCACGUUCUUCGAGAGAGGGGCACAAGGAGUUGUUGUUGGCGGCAAAAAUGCAAAUCACGAUUAG